AUGGAUGAACUCGGCGAGUGGUCACCAUCCAGCCCUAGCCCAAGAACGCUGCUGUUCACGAAGGACGGCGUCGAGGUUAAGGAAUCAUCGGAAAAUGUUCAGAAACUGGAUCAUGUCGGAAUCGAUGAACAGAGAUCUAGGGCUCGACGUCGUGAAGGGAAUUUGAGCGAGAGAAUAGCUGCGAGAACGGGAGGAUUCAGUGCUCCGAGAUUGAACACAGACAACAUUGUAAGAAGACCUUUCGGUUGUUUCAUGAACUCUGGUCCUAGUACUGUCCCUUCUCCUUACAUCAUAAUCUCACCUGGCUUCAGCCCAACCUUUCUUCUCCAAUCUCCGGUCAUGCUUUCUAAUCCACUGGUUCAUUUGUCUCCGCCUGCUACUGGUAAUGGAAGUAAAUCGCUCUUUAAGGAAACAGUCGGUGAAAACAAUGUCGAUCUCUCAUCAUCCUUUGCGAUGUCUGCCCAAGAGACAAAAACCAAUAUCGAGGCCUCAUGGUCGAUAAACAAGAAUCCCGGAGCCGACAAUGUAAAUGAUCAUACUUUAAGAGCAUCUAUAAACAACCCUCAGACCCAAGAUACCGAUAUGUGUUCAUCAGAGGACAAGAUGAGAGGAAAUAAUGACAAAGCAGUGGUGGACGAAGGAGAAGAUUGCAGCUCAUCUGAAUCGAUGAAAGCUCAGUUCGAUCCGGCAGAUUCUCCAUUAUUGAUUUCCAACGAAGCUGAAGAUGAUGACGAUGACGAUCAUGGUGAUGAUGAUGAUGAUCAUGCUGAUCAUGGCGGCAGCUACAAUCGCACUGUCCAUGGCAGUGAAGGAGAAGAGGUCAAUUCCUCCAAACCAAAGAAAAGGAAACAACUUGAACUGUCGAGUAUGAUUGGAGCCACAAGAGCAGCUCGGAGGCCAAGGAUCAUUGUUCAAACCACAAGUGAUGUCGACGUCCUCGACGAUGGCUACCGAUGGCGCAAGUACGGCCAAAAGAUCGUCAAGGGCAAUCCUAAUCCAAGGAGUUACUACAAAUGCACGACUCCAGGCUGCAAUGUGAGGAAACAUGUCGAGAGAGCAUCUCAAGACAUCAAAUCAGUCAUCACUACGUACGAAGGGAAACACAACCAUGAUGUCCCUCCACCGCGCACAUGCGGCCGCCCCGGUUCGACCGGCCGGUUCGGUCUGGUACGACCUCCAGCUCAGUCUCAGUCAACCAGGCCUUCACCGCUCAGUCAACUCGGUAUGAGGUACCAGCAGCCGGGAUACCUUGGAAUGCGCCAAACCAGUUUGGCUAACCUAUACAUAACCGGCCUCUCCAAGCUUCCCCAUUUACCAACGAACCGGUCAUCGGUUUUCACGUUAUCGAAGGUUGAACCGGCAGUGGCUUCUCUUAACUUCUCCAACGGUUCAUCUGUAUACCAAGAAAUUAUGAAUCGGCUGUCUCUCGGUAACCGGCCUCUCCAUGCUUCCUGA